AUGGGGGAGAAGCACGGUUUCGACAAGCCCAUGGGCGGUUUCGUGCAGCCCAAAUCCGCCGCCAUGUCCUCCGCCGUCCGAGGCCAUUUCGUGGCAGCAACCGGCGAAUUCGUGGGAACGUUCAUGUUCCUCUUUUUCGCUUUCCUGGGCCAUCUCAUGUCCGUCGAGCAGCAGACAGAGACCAAUGGUGAUGGGACGAACAGCAACUCGACCAUCAUCUACAUUAGCAUGAGCUACGGAUUGAGCCUUCUGGUCACGGCAUGGUCGAUGUACAGGGUGUCUGGCGACCCAGCAGUCACCGUGGGCUUGGUCAUGACCGGCGCGGUCCCAGCCCUGAGAGGCGCCAUCUUGAUCAUACCGCAACUUCUGGGCGCCAUAUGUGCUGCUGCUGUAGUUGAGGGUAUUGUUCCGGGGGAUAUCGCAUUAGUCCAGACCCUUUUGAAUCCAGACGUUAGCGUAGCACAGGGAGUGUUUCUGGAGAUGGUCAGUCGUGUACAUGGUCUUUGCUCACGAAGUGACUCGCUAAUGCCAUCAGCACAGUUCCUGACAAUACUCCUGAUCUACACAGUCCUGAUGUUGGCAGCCGAAAAAUCCAAAGACACCUACAUGGCACCCAUCGGCAUCGGCCUCGCACUGUUCGUCGCAGAAAUCGCCGGCGUAAACUACACCGGAGCCAGCCUCAACCCAGCUCGAUCCUUCGGCCCAUGCGUGAUCGCAGCCAACUUCCCAUCCUAUCACUGGAUCUACUGGAUCGGACCAAUACUCGGCGCCUUGGUCAGUGGUGGGUACUAUCACUUCGUCAAGUUCUUCAACUACGAGGAGGCCAAUCCAGGACAAGACUCAGCCGGCGGUGAUUUUGAAGAGGUUAAACGGUCACAGAGUCAGAUGGAUGAAGGCGCAGCGUUGGAGAACGGAGACAUGCGGCAGAGCAACUCUCGCAACGGCACAUCCGGCGGUCGGAACCGACCUUCGCAGAGCCGGCAGCAAUAUUCGUCGCAGGGCCAACAGCAAUAUCCGUCGCAGAGUCAGAACCGACCACAGAUCGAUUCGAGGAUUGAGAGCGGGACGAUGCAUCCAGGUUUCGAUGGGUAUGAGCGAUGA